CGUCAGCUUCAGCAUCCUCCCUUUUAUGAGCAUCCUCCUCCGUGACGGAUUGAAGAGGUGCUCCCGUUGCUCCGGUGUCUACAUGACAGCCGUUUAGGAUUGCACGUACAUUCAACAGAAAGGAACACCAUGGCGAGAAACCGUAAAGACAGAGACAGCUGGGGUGAGUGGUUAAUAAUUAUGAAUAUGACUAAAUUGGUCAUCUGUAGAAACACCUAAUAAGGGGUUCGCUAGGCUAUGGAGAGUCUCAGAAAUGCAGCUGAAGGGAUGUUUGUGCAUGAAUCGUGAUGUAGCAGUCGUUGUUGUCAGAACAAAUCGUUAUUAUAUAUCUAUUUCAUUCUCAACCACCGCAGAAACGCUGGCCCCGCUGAUAAACUAAUGUAAACCCAAGCCAAGCGUCUCCUAUAUUCACUCUACAGGCCAGUGCGGCGUCUGUCUUGGCAUCCCCAUCCACGCACCCUUGGAAUUAUUCUGGCAUAGAAUAACGAAAGACAGCAGUACAAACACAAAUCUAGAAUUAACCAGUACUGGAUCAUUAAAUACCUGUCAAGGCAAUGCUACAGGCUAUAGGGGGUAUGGGUGGACCUGAAGCAAACAGAUGGCAUCGUCCUUACCAUUACAUUUCACUCACAGCUAUCGACAUGUAUCUCUUUGUUUUUCUAUUGGUGUUUUUCCUCAUAUCUGUUUGAUAAACACCAACUGUGCCAUGUAUCAUUUGGGGCCGUUAUCACAUAGUAAAAAUUAGCUUGUUACAACCAUCAUCAUUAGACAGACUAAAAGCUGUCAGGUAUUCAACAUAAUGUAGCUUAUUAUGAUAGCUAAGAUGACUGGUUUGGAAGCCAUAGGGUGGCAUGAAAUGCUAUUGCUUAUUAUCAAAGAGAACUGAGCAGUAAUGAGCAUUGACUCAGUUACAUUUACACUAGAGUAGACCUAGACUCUUCUCUACUGAUUCUGAAGCUGCUCUGAGGCAGGAGGAGCAAGGAGCAGCUAGUCUGGAGGUUGGUUGGGUGUGUUGGGUUUCUGUCCCAAAUGACCCCCUAUUUCCCUAUGGGCCCUGGUCGACAGUAAUGGACUACAUAGGGAAUAGGAAGCCAUUUGGGACGUAGCAUUUAUGUGGAGAGAAAGACGUUUGUCUGUUAAUUUAGGACAGGCGUCAUUGCUUUUGCUUUGGCCUUUGUUAGUGAGAAUAAAUAAAUGUCCCAGUCUAGUCCAGACCUGAGAAACAUAGGAGGAUAGGACUGUUUUAAAUUAUUAACUGUGUUCUGCACCCUUCAUUCAUUUUAAUGCUCCAAAACAGUCCCUUCCUUUCCCGCCUACAGUAUUAGUCCGUUUUAGCAUUAAUGAGGCUCCGUCCCAAAUGGCACCCUAUUCCCUAUGUAGUGCACUACUUUUUUUUUUUUUCCAGGGUCCAUGGUGUUAGUAUGUAACUACAUAGGGAACAGGGUACCAUUUGGGACCAGCCUUGCUAUGUUUGUUAUGUCACACGAAUCUCUCAUCUCUUACGUCAUCUGAUCUUACAAAUGCAGAAUUAGAGCUUGGAGUGGUUGUGGGUGAUGAUCAGAUAUCCUUAGAGAUUUUGUCAGAGAGAGAGAGAGAGAGUAGGUGUUCUAUCUAUCAAGCCUUAUCUGCGUUAGCAGCCAGCUAACCUGUUCAUGCUAACCCAAGACAUUACUUCAAGGAAAGAACAUGAUGAAAUGUUGUCUACUGUCAACCAAACACACACCGAUAGACAGCCACCAACACCAUACCGUGACUCUAUGCCCCUCUGUAUUCUCCCUGUAAGUGCACUAGACUAGCUAGGAUUUUGCGGCCUACACAACCACCAGGCCUCUGGAGACUGUGGAGAGGCAGGCAGAUUGCAGGCAGACUGAGUCACUGCCUGCCCGGAAAGCUUCUCUAUCUCUCUCUCCGUCCAUCUCUCGGUAUUGGGGCUGGCAGAGAGUAGAGAGAAAGGCACAUGAGCAUGCUACGGAUAGAGAGCUAGAUUAGUCGAUAGAAUGCGAUCUUCUAUCUGAUACUCUCUCUACUCUCUCUCUUCUCUCUCUUCUCUCUCUCUCUUCCUCUCCUCUCUCUCUCUCUCUCUCUCUCUCUCCUCUCAUCACGGUCAUCCAAUAGACUCUAUUCCCUCUCGUGCACUCUUUUAUCUUUCUCCUCCUGCAAAUGUCACUUCUUGAGUCCCAUUGAUGCAUCCAUCUCUCGUCUGAGUGCCAUUCUCUUUCUUGAUUUUCAUCUCCCUCUCAUGUGGACCAAAAGGCACCAUUCCUAUGUAGUGCACACUUUUGCCAAGGCCAUGGGCUUUAGUCAAAGUAGUGCACGAUGCUAAGGAAAGGUGCUUGGUGAACACACGUAUGGUAACUGUAUUGAUUGAACACCGGACAGAUAGUAUAUGGGUGCACCUAAAGGCCUCUAUUCACUAGGUGUAUUGCACUAUUUCAAUUACAUUAACCGUUAUUGUCAUUCCGUAUUGAAUACAUCCCGUACAGAUUGUGAAUGGUGUAUUGUGCGGGUGGUGUUUCCUGCUGUAUAUCAAUUGAAAUGAAAUUAGACUAUGUCUGUAAACUAGUUAAAUUAUCAAUUUUGUGCGCUUUGAUGGCAUCCUCUUUGCAGCUUACUCUUUCCCUGUUUAUAGGCUAGAAAGUCUGUCUCCAUUUCCCAUUUCCCCUCCGAGGAAGGCAUUGGGUGCCUAAUGUUGGUUCGUCAAAAGAUAACUGGGGGGUAUUAUAGGGUGUGCAGUUAUGCCAGAAAUGGUACCCUGUUUCCCAUAGUGCACAACUGUUGACCAGAGCGUCCCAAAUAGCACCGCAGACAGCAGGGCUCUGGUCAACAGGGAAUAGAGAGACAUUUCAGACGCACUUGGGAGCAUUACAACGUAGGAUGUGCAAUAUUCUUUCAUUUUUUACAUUUUACCAUCACGUGACAGGGUCCUUCACAGACAAAGCCACCUACGACUGGAGCUCAGAGGAGGAGGAGCCUGAUGGAAGGGCGCGGCCCAUCCAGGUGCUGGUUGUCAAGGACGACCAUACCUUUGAGCUGGACGAGGCGGCGCUGAGCCGGAUCCUAUUGGCCGAAGAGGUCCAAAACAGGGAAGUGGUGGCCAUAUCUGUGGCCGGGGCGUUCCGCAAGGGAAAGUCCUUCCUCAUGGACUUCAUGCUGCGCUACAUGUACAGCCAUGUGAGUUCAAAGGUCAUGCUUGUGUAAAUGAUGGGGGAUUGGUAACCUCACUCCUCAGCUUGAAAUGUCUCCACCCACGCCGCCAAAUGACUAGCUUUUCGGUGGCGCAGUUGGCUAAGACGUUUGGGUGGUCACGUGUUUGUGGGAUAGAGGUUCCAAGACCCAGUCCCAGUGUGAGCUGGUGAUACAGGAAGUGGCAUUGUUCAGCGAACAACAGUGACGUCAUACUUGGCUUUUGGGACUGGCAUGGGUUCAUGCCCCUUGACCCAGCUACGACCCAUCUCUCAGCGUGAAAGAGACAUGGCUGUAAACUUUGCAUCAGUGUGCUGCGGUGACAUAAUGUGAUGAUUUAAGAUUAUUGGAUGAUGUGUGAUUUAGGUUUUGGGGGAGUAUUGGUCUAUUCUCAGAAGCAUUAAACUGUGCUGUCAUUCCCUGCGUUUUGUCUCUGAAUUCACUCAUCUGUAUCUAUAUCAUUGGCUGGCCUGUAUCUACGUGUGGACUCAUGCUGGGCUACAUCUGUGUCCAUACUCCCCAGGCGUCCGAGGAGUGGCUGGGGGAGGCAGAGGAACCUCUGACAGGAUUCUCCUGGAGGGGUGGAUCUGAGAGGGAGACCACAGGCAUUCAGAUCUGGAGCGAAGUCUUCCUGGUGGACAAGCCCGAUGGACGCAAGGUACCAGAGCCUGACCUUUGACCUGUAGUCACUGUUUGGUUGCAUCCAAAAUGGCACCCUAUUCUCUACGUAGUGCACUACUUUUGACCAGAGCGUAGUGCACUACUUUUGACCAGAGCGUAGUGCACUACUUUUGACCAGAGCGUAGUGCACUACUUUUUGACCAGAGCGUAGUGCACUACUUUUGACCAGAGCGUAGUGCACUACUUUUGACCAGAGCGUAGUGUACUACUUUUUGACCAGAGCGUAGUGCACUACUUUUUGACCAGAGCGUAGUGCACUACUUUUUGACCAGAACGUAGUGCACUACUUUUGACCAGAGCGUAGUGCACUACUUUUGACCAGAGCGUAGUGUACUACUUUUUGACCAGAGCGUAGUGCACUACUUUUGACCAGAGCGUAGUGCACUACUUUUGACCAGAGCGUAGUGCACUACUUUUGACCAGAGCGUAGUGCACUACUUUUUGACCAGAACGUAGUGCACUACUUUUUGACCAGAACGUAGUGCACUACUUUUUGACCAGAGCGUAGUGCACUACUUUUGACCAGAGCGUAGUGCACUACUUUUUGACCAGAGUGUAGUGCACUACUAUUUGACCAGAGCGUAGUGCACUACUUUUGACCAGAGCGUAGUGCACUACUUUUGACCAGAGCGUAGUGCACUACUUUUUGACCAGAACGUAGUGCACUACUUUUUGACCAGAGCGUAGUGCACUACUUUUGACCAGAGCGUAGUGCACUACUUUUUGACCAGAGCGUAGUGCACUACUUUUGACCAGAGCCCUAUGGUUAGAUUCUGUAUGACGACUACAUUUAAAAGGCCCAAUCUGUGAUUUUUACAGACGUUUUUCAUCAUCUAAAUGUAUCAUACAGACCGUUGUAUUACAUUUACAGGUAACUGCCAAAAUAAAGCAAACACUUGAGUAAAUGAGGGUUCUGGCGGCUCUGUUAUGGUGCAGGGUCCAUUUUCCUGCCAUGGUUUAGGUCCAAUCAGCCCCUUAGAGGACAAGGUAAACAGCCAAUAAAUAGGCCUACACAGCCAUUCUGAAUGAUCACCUUCAACCUAUGGUGAAUCAUUUCUAUCCUGAUGGGAGUGGUCUCUUUCGGGACGACAAUGCCCCCAUCCACAGGGCACGAGUGGUCACUGAAUGGUUAGAUGAGCCUGAAAAAUAGGUAACCAUAUGCGAUUCUGGAGCAGCGCGUGAGACAGCGUUUUCUACCACUAUCAACAAAACACCAAAUGAUUGAAUGUUUCAUGGAAGAAUGGUGUCGCAUCCCUCCAAUAGAGUUUCACACACUUGUAGAAUCUAUGCCGAGGCACAUUGAAGCUGUUCUGGCGGCUCGUGGCGGCCCAACGCCCUGUUCUGGUGGCUCGUGGCGGCCCAACGCCCUGUUCUGGCGGCUCGUGGUGGCCCAACGCCUUAUCAAGACACUUUAUGUCGGUGUGUGUUCUUUAUUUUGGCAGUUACCUGCACAUACCAAUUGAUUCUUAAAGAAUAUCACUUAUGAAUUCCUCAUGAGCGUAGUUAAACUGUAAUAACAUUAACACUGUUGAAUGAAGAGUUAUGUUCUCCUGUCUCGUCCCUCAGGUGGCAGUUCUACUGAUGGAUACUCAGGGCACGUUUGACAGCCAGUCAACGUUGAGGGAUUCAGCCACUGUGUUCGCACUAAGCACUAUGAUCAGCUCCAUGCAGGUACAAUGGCUUUGGACCUAAUAAUAAUAAUAAUAUGCCAUUUAGCAGACGCUUUUAUCCAAAGCGACUUACAGUCAUGUGUGCAUACAUUUUUUUUUUUUUACGUAUGGGUGGUCGCGGGGAUCGAACCCACUACCCUGGCGUUACAAGCGCCAUGCUCUACCAAUUGAGCUACAGAGGACCACUGUAUUUGAACAUAAACACAAGGGUAGAUCUUCUGUGCCAUCCUGGAUUACCUUUGUAGAAAAUGUCAUAACUUUCAAGCACUUGUAUCUAAUUUCGCAGGUGUACAACAUCUCCCAGAAUGUGCAGGAGGAUGAUCUUCAACACUUGCAGGUAAGUAGACGGAUUGAUUACAUCACCUACAGUAUCACUGAGGUCUUUUACUGCGGAGACACUCGGAUAGACGAUGACACCCAGAAAUGAACUGUUUCUCUUAACAUGUUAAAUACAUUCACUUUACUUUAAAUUCCUGAUUGGGAUCAAUGUAGAAUUGUUCUUUCUUGUCCUGUCUCUUCGUGGCGUUUGUAGCUCUUCACUGAGUAUGGCAGACUUGCCAUGGAGGAGACGUUCCUUAAACCAUUCCAGGUAGGACAUUUCCCGUCCUGUUAUUCAGUUCUAGCCUUGUGCAAAUACACCAUAGACUUAGAUAGACAGCUCUAGUGCCCCCCUCCAUCUCUCCAUCUCUCUACCCCUCCAUCUCUCCAUCUCUCCAUCUCUCUACCCCUCCAUCUCUCUCCAUCCUCCACCCCUUCAUCUCUUCACCCCUUCAUCUCUCCACUCCUCCAUCUCUCUACACCUCCAUCUCGCCAACCCUCCAUCCCUCCACCCCUUCAUCUCUUCACCCCUUCAUCUCUCCAAUCCUCCAUCUCUCUCUACCCCUUCAUCUCUCCACCUCUCUACCCCUCCAUCUCUCCACCUCUCUACCCCUCCAUCUCUCCAAAGCCUGUUUUAGCACGGGCAGCACCAAGACUUUCACCAGUUUGAAGUAAUCAACUGAGUGGAACUUCCUAUAGGUUAAGAAAGGAUCACAUCAGGAGGGAUCAGCCAAUGAAUGUAACUCCUGCGUAAACAUUCCAUAACUGCAGGAGGAAGUAAAUCACCAACCGUGGCUUUAUACCUGUUCAGACAACACCCUCCAGGUGGCAGUAUGCCCCUUUUCAGUUUGUUUACUGACUCGUACAAGUAGUAGAAGAAGAAAUGGACUACUUUAAAAUUGAGGGAAAAAAAAAACAAUUGCGUAUGCCAAUGCUGUCAGAGAUUAUCAAACAGAUCCACUAUCAAUCAAACAGAUGCAAAGAAAGGCCCUCUAUCUACCUCUACCUCUAUGAACCAGACUCAACGCUGUGCUCACAUUUGUGAAAAAGAUAAGGCUGGUUUAACAAGGCUACUUCAGUUUACCACAGCAGGAACUAUAACUGUAACCUGUUACAGGCUGAAUUCAAAAUGGAUGAAAUCGUUUUUCCCCCCCCCCCCCUCAUCCAUCUACACACAAUACCCCAUAAUGACAAAGUUGAAACAUGUUUUUAGAAACAUUUGCUAAUUUAUUGAAAAUGAAAUAGGGAAAUAUCUAAUUUACAGUGCAUCCGGAAAAUAUUCAGACCCCUUCCCUUUUUCCACAUUUUGUUACGUUACAGCCUUAUUCUAAAAUGGAUUUUAAAAAAUUAUACACAUAAUACCCCAUAAUGAUGAAGCAAAAACAGGUUUUGAGAAAUGUUUGCUAAUGUAUUGAAAAUAAAAAACAGAAUUACAUAAGUAUUCAGACCCUUUCCUAUGAGGCUCAGGUGCAUCCUGUUUCCAUUGAUCAUCCUUGAGAUGUUUCUACAACUUGAUUGGAGUCCACCUGUGGUAAAUUCAAUUGAUUGGACAUGAUUUGGAAAGGCACACACCUGUCUAUAUAAGGUCCCACAGUUGACAGUGCAUGUCAGAGCAAAAACCAAGCCAAUAGGUUGAAGGAAUUGUCCGUAGAAAUCCGAGACAGGAUUGUGUCGAGACACAGAUCUGGGGAAGAGUACCACAACAAUUCCAGAAGGACAACCAUCUCUGCAGCACUCAACCAAUCAGGCCUUUAUGGUAGAGUGGCCAGACGGAAGCCACUCCUCAGUAAAAGGCACAUGACAGCCCGCUUGGAGUUUGCCAAAAGGCACCUAAAGGACUCUCAGACCAUAAGAAACAAGAUUCUCUGGUUUGAUGAAACCAAGAUUGAACUCUUUGGCCUGAAUGCCAAGUGUCACGUCUGGAGGAAGCCUGGCAUCAUCCCUACGGUGAAGCAUGGUGGUGGCAGCAUCAUGCUGUGGGGAUGGUUUUCAGCGGCAGGGACUGGGAGACUAGUCAGGAUCAAGGGAAAGAUGAACGGAGCAAAGUACAGAGAGAUCCUUGAUGAAAACCUGCUCCAGAGCGCUCAGGACCUCAGACUGGGGCGAAGGUUCACCUUCCAACAGGACAACGACCCUAAGCACACAGACAAGACAACGCAGGAGUGGCUUCGGGACAAGUCUCUGAAUGUCCUUGAGUGGCCCAGCCAGAGCCCGGACAUGAACCCAAUCGAACAUCUCUGGAGAGACUGUGCAGCGAUACUCCUAAUCCAACCUGCAGAGAAGAAUGGGAGAAACUCCCCAAAUACAGGUGUGCCAAGCUUGUAAAGUCAUACCCAAGAAGACUCUAGGCUGUAAUCGCUGCCAAAGGUGCUUCAACAAAGUACUGAGUAAAGGGUCUGAAUACUUAUGUAGAUGUAAUAUUUCCGUUUUUAUUUUAUUUCAUAAAAUUUGCAAACAUUUCUAAAAAACAGUUUUUGCUUUGUUAUUAUGGGGUAUUGUGUGUAGAUUGAUGUGGAAUAAAAACAAUUUAACCCAUUUUAGAAUAAGGCUGUAACGUAACAAAAGGUCGAAAAAGUCAAAGGGUCUGAAUACUUUCCGAAUGCACGUAUUCACACCCCUCAGUCGAUACAUGUUAGAAUUACAGGUGUGAGUCUUUCUGGGUAAGUCUAUAAGAGCAUUGCACACCUGUAUUGAACAAUAUUUGCACAUUAUUCUUUUUAAAAUUCUUCAAGCUCUGUCAAGUUGGUUGUUGAUCAUUGCUAGACAGACAUUUUCAAGUCUUCCCAUAGAUUUUCAAGCCGAUUUAAGUCAAAACUGUAACCAGGCCACUCAGGAAUAUUCAAUGUCAUCUUGGUAAGCAACUCCAGUGUAUAUUUGGCCUUGUGUUUUAGGUAAUUGUCCUGCUGAAAGGUGAAUUUGUCUCCCAGUGUGACACUCUGGCUCCGGGACGUUUGUAUUUGAGCCAGGGUGUAUUUUGUGUUGUUGGGUUUUGGUUUGGUUAUGUUGGGCAUUUGGGUGUAUUUCUAUGUUUGCAUUUCUGGUGGUUGUAUUUCUAGGUUUGGUCGAUGACUCCCAAUCGGAGGUAACGAGUGUCAGCUGUCGGCUCGUUAUCUCUGAUUGGGAGCCAUAUUUAUUCUGUAUGUUUUCCUGUGGGUAUUGUGGGUUUUUGUUCUUAGUUCUGUCAGUGUUGCAGAGGACUUCACGUAUCGGUCGUGUUUUGUUGUUUUGUUCCAGACUUUGAUAUUAAUAAAGUCAUGUUUCUUGGACACGCUGCGCCUUGGUCAUAUUUAGACGACAUCGACCCUCGUGACACCCAGUGUCUGUUGGAAUGCAGACUGAACCAGGUUUUCCUCUAGGAUGUUGCCUGUGCUUAGCUCUAUUCAGUUUAUUUUUAUCCUAAAAAUCUCCCUAGUCCUUGCCGAUGACAAGCAUACCCAUAACAUGAUGCAGCCACCAUCAUGCUUGAAAAUAUGAAGAGUGGUACUCAGUGAUGUGUUGUGUUGGAUUUGUCCGAAACGUAACGCUUUGUAUUCAAGACAUAAAGUUAAUUUAUUUGCUAAAUUUCUUGCAGUUUUACUUUAGUGCCUUAUUGCAAACAGGAUGCAUGUUUUGGAAUAUUUUUAUUCUGUACAAGCUUCCUUCUUUUCACUCUGUCAUUUAGGUUAGUAUUGUGGCAACUGAGUUAGGAAGGACGCCUGUAUCUUUGUAGUGACUGGGUGCAUUGAUACACCAUCCAAAGUGUAAUUAAUAACUUCACCAUGCUCAAAGGGAUAUUCAAUGUCUGCUUUUUUUUUUUUUAAACCUAUUUACCAAUCGGUGCCCUACAUUGUUCCCCACAGCAUGAGGCAUUGAAAAAGUCUUUGUGGUUGAAUUUGUGUUUGAAAUUCACUGCUUGACUGAUAGAUCUUACAGAUAAUUGUAUGCGUGGGGUACAGAGAUGAGGUAGUCAUUCAAAAAUCAUGUUAAACACUAUUAUUGCACACAGAGUGAGUCCAUGCAACUGAUUAUGUGACUUGUUAAGCACAUUUUUACUCCUGAACUUAUUUAGGCUUGCCAUAACAAAGGGGUUGAAUACUUCUUGACUCAAGACAUUUCAGCUUUUCAUUUUUAAUUAAUGUGAAAAAACUUCUACAAACAUAAUUCCAAAUAAAAUCAAAUAAAAUGUUAUUCGCCACAUACACGUGUUUAGCAGAUGUUAUAGCGGGUGUAGCGAAUUGACAGUGCAGUAAUAUCUAACAAUUUCACAACAUAUACCCAAUACACACACAACUAGUAAGGAAUGGGAUUUAAGAAUAUAUACAUAUAUGGACGCGCAAUGACAGAGCGGCAUGGACUAAGAUACAGUAGAAUAUUAUAGAAUAGAAUGCAGUAUAUACAUAUUAGAUGAGUAAUGCAAGAUAUGGAAACAUUAUUAAAAUGACUAGUGUUCCAUUUCUUAAAGUGGCCAGUGAUUUCAAUAGGCAGCAGCAGCCUCUAAUGUGCUAGUGAUGGCUAUUUAACAGUCUGAUGGCCUUGAGAUUGAAGCUGUUUUUCACUCUCCCGGUCCCAGCUUUGAUGCACCUGUACUGAUCUCACCUUCUGGAUGAUAGCGGGGUGAACAGGCAGUGGCUCGGGUGGUUGAUGUCCUUGAUUAUCUUUUUGGCCUUCCUGUGACAUCGGGUGCUGUAUGUGUCUUGGAGGGCGGGUAGUUUGCCCCCGGUAAAUGCGUUCGGCAGACCGCACCACCCUCUGGAGAGCCCUGCGGUUGCGGGCGGUGCCGUUUGCCAUACCAGGGGGUGAUACAGCCCGACAGGAUGCUCUCCAAUUGUGCAUCUGUAAAAGUUUGUGAGGGUUUUAGGUGCCAAGCCUAAUUCUUCAGCCUCCUGAGGUAUGAAAAUGUAAUGCACUCACUAACGUGAAGUCGCUCUGGAUAAGAGCGUCUGCUAAAUGACUAAAUAUGUAAAUGUAAAAAGAGGCUCUGUGCGCAUUUUCACACACUGUCUGCGUGGGUACCAUUUAAGUUUGUUAGGAUGUGUACACCGAGGAACCUGAAGCUUUCACCUUCUCCACUGCGGUCCCGUCGAUGAGGAUAGGGGGGGUGCACCCUCCGCUGUUUCCUGAAGUCCGAUCGCCCCUUUGUUUUGUUGAUGUUGAGGGAGAGGUUAUAUUCCUGGCACCACACUUCCCAGAGCCCUCACUCCUCCCUGUAGGCUGUCUCGUCAUUGUUGGUAUCAAGCCUACUAUUUGUGUCGUCUGCAAACUUGAUGAUUGAGUUGGAGGCGUGUUUGGCCACGCAGUCAUGGGUGAACAGGGAGGAACAGGAGGGGCUGAGCACGCACCCUUGUGAGGCCCCAGUGUUGAGGAUCAGCGAAGUGGAGAUUGUUUUCCCUACCUUCACCACCUGGGGGGGCACCGUCAGGAAGUCCAGGACCCAGUUGCACAGGGCGGGGUUCAGACCCAGGGCCUCGAGCUUAAUGAUGAGCUUGGAGGGUACUAUGGUGUUGCUGCUAUCUCCACUUUGGCAUUAUGGGGUAUUGUGUGUAGGUCAGUGACACAAAAUCUAAAUUUAAUCCAUUUUAAAUUCAGGCUGUAACACUACAACAUGUUGAAAAAUUCAAGGGGUGUGAACGCUUUCGACUUUGGUAGCACUUUGCACCUUCUUUCUUUUUUACUUUAUUACAUUAGACUAAUAAGAACAUAGACCUACAUGUUUACAUUUUAGUCAUUUAGCAGAUGCUCUUAUCCAGAGCGACUUACAGUUAGUGAGUGCAUAUAUAUAUUAUUUUUUUACAUAUUGGUCCCCCGUGGGAAUCGUACCCACAACCCUGGCGUUGCAAGCGCCAUGCUCUACCAACUGAGCUACACGGGACUCUCCGUUAGUCACCUCUACAUACAUUUUUGGAAUACGUCAGCUCAUACCUUUUACUUCCUACUGCAUGGUAACUUAGUGAACCUGUGUGUUGUUUCAGUCCAUGAUAUUCCUGGUCCGGGAUUGGAGUUUCCCUUACGAGUUUGGCUACGGACAGGAAGGAGGCAUGAAGUUCUUGGAGAAGAGGCUCAAGGUCAGAGGUUACAGAUGUAACGAUGAUUAUAGUGGUUCAUCUAAAGAUAGCAGCAGCAACAACAACAACAGUUAUAUUAACAGUUUGUCAUUAAUUGAAACUAAAAGGGGUGCUAUUUAUGCUACAUGAUCAUGUAAGCUGUAAUAAUAAUAUAAGCUUUCAUCCAAAGAAACGUACAGAUCCCUGUGAUCGCCCCCUUGACAUCCAACUGUGACUCUGUCUGUGUUUGUGUCUGUGUUUGUGUCUGUGGUUGUAUAUGUGUCUGUCUGUGGUUGAUGUGUGUCUGUGUUCUAGAUCUCUGAGAACCAGCAUGAGGAGCUGCAGAACGUUCGUAAACACAUCCACUCCUGCUUCACCAAUAUCUCCUGCUUCCUGAUGCCCCACCCCGGCCUCAAAGUGGCCACCAACCCCAACUUCGACGGCAGACUCAAAGGUAGACUACACCACGAUCACCUAGUCUUAAUACACAUUUGUUUCCUACAAAAUAUACACUAACUGUCUGAUCGAAUUCCAUAUAAUAGAAAAGGUCAGGAAAUUAUCACACCAUGACAAGAAGUGUGUUUUUGUAUAGCCCUCCUCUUCGGCUAAUGUUGCCUCUCCCUAACUUGUGUGCAGAGGGUCGCUGGUUCACGCCCAGCUCGGGGCAGAACAGGGUCAGUAGCAUCACAUUUACAUUUUACUCAUUUAGCAGAUGCUCUUAUCCAGAGCGACUUACAGUUAGCGAGUGCAUACAUUUUUCAUACUGGUCCCCCCGUGGGAAUCGAACCCACAACCCUGGCGUUGCGUUGCAAGCGCCACGCUCUACCGACUGAGCUACACGGGACUACGGAUACAUAACGGCUCUUCUUCUCCCUGACCUGUGUUUAGAGAUCGACCGCGAGUUCAUCAACAACCUGCAGAUCCUGGUCCCGUGGCUGCUGAGUCCCAAGAACCUGGAUGUCAAGGAGAUCAACGGCAGCAACAUCACCUGCAGAGGCCUGCUGGAGUACUUCAAGGUCAGAGACAGAGAUUUUGAUCUUGAUUUUUGAUCAAAAGAGAUGGCGUAACAAUGAGCAUCAACAAACGUUCACUUCGACUGCAUGACCUAUUAGCUCCACACAAUUAAAAAUAAAGUCUUCCUCAGUGAAAAGAGAUGAUAUUGAAAAGCUUUGAUGCUGUAUGUACCUACAUCUAUAUGAUGCUGUAUGUACCUACAUCUAUAUGAUGCUGUAUGUUUGAGUUUUGUUAAGAAACAUUAAAAUGUAGGUGACCUUAUCUUUUUUUUCUUUCAGGCAUACAUCAAAAUCUACCAGGGUGAGGAGCUGCCACACCCUAAAUCCAUGCUGCAGGUACACAGUUACUUCCCUGUCUGGCAGCAUUAUGCAUUUCAGUGGCCUUGAGGUUAGAGCGUCCUCCCUGAGAUUGGAAAGUUGGGAGUACCGUCCCCGGCCGGGUCAUACCAAAGACUGUACGGUCCCCGGCCGGGUCACACCAAAGACUGUACGGUCCUCGGCCGGGUCAUACCAAAGACUGUACGGUCCCCGGCCGGGUCAUACCAAAGACUGUACGGUCCCCGGCCGGGUCACACCAAAGACUGUACGGUCCCCGGCCGGGUCAUACCAAAGACUGUACGGUCCCCGGCCGGGUCAUACCAAAGACUGUAAAAUGGGCCAAAAUGCCUCUGCUUGGCACUUGUAGUUGUGGUCAGUAGUUGUGGUCAGUAGUUGUGUGGUUCAGUAGUUGUGUGGUUGUGGUCAGUCGUUUUGGUUGGUAGUGGUGGUCGGUAGUGGCCAGUAGUUGUGGUCAGUAGUUUUGGCAAGUUGUUGUGGUCAGUAGUUGUGUGGUUGUUGUCAGUAAUUGUGGUCAGUGGUUGUGGUCAGUAGUUGUGUGGUUCAGUAGUUGUGUGGUCAGUAAUUGUUUGGUUUUGGUCAGUAGUUGUGUGGUUGUGGUCAGUACUUGUGUGGUUCAGUAGUUGUGUGGUCAGUACUUGUGUGGUUCAGUAGUUGUGUGGUCAGUUGUUGUGGUCACUAGUGAACUUCAAAACGUGAUGUAGUUUUAUUGGAAUUUGCAGCUGUUGUUGGUAAGUAAUGUAUCUGCUAGUUUCUGACAUGACUUACUGCAUCUAUAAUGAAAGCAGUUGAUGGUUACUAAAACAGCUUUAUCUAUUGAUUGGUAGAAGCUAUUCCUAAUCUAUUGUCAGAUUGAAAAAGCAGUGGUAAAAAUGUCAGUUGUUUAUAAAAAGUUCCAAAAAAUGUUGUUGAUGCGGUUACUAAAACAGCUGUUACUUUUAUCGGAAUAAAUAUUUUUGUUCCAAAUUCAGAUUUGAAAAGCAGAGGAAGAUUUUGUGUCAAAAGUUGCAUUUGUUGCAUUUACAGUGAAUGGAAUAAUGGAAGUGAUGAUAUCACAAUGUGGCCUUUUAGAAAUUUGGGGAAAUCCCAUGAAAGUGGAUGGAGUACAAAAAGAAGGACAAAAAGUUUAAUAGUUUAAAAAGUAUAACAUAUAUGCAAGCAGCCUAAUGCAGAUCAGGCUGCACGUUUUAAAGUGUGAAUGGCGUUUCUAUCUUAUCUCGUCUUAAGAGGGGUACCAUUCCAAAUAAUUAUAAUAAUAAGUCUGAAAUAAUUCGUACAAUAUUUAAAAUGUGGCUGCUGUCGCAAGCCACAUAAUCACAGAGUGUCACGCCCUGACCUUGAAAGCCUGUUAUUCUUUAGUUAGGUUGGUCAGGGUGUGAAUGCUAGAGGUUACCAUGUGAAUAUCUAGGUAUCUAUGUGUAGAUCUAGAUUAUAUAUUUCUAUGUUUGGCCGGGUGUGGUUCCCAAUCAGAGGCAGCUGUCGAUCGUUGUCUCUGAUUGGGGAUCAUAAUUAGGUAGCCAUUUUGCCUACCUACGUUGUGGGAUCUUGACUCUUGUUUGUGUGUAGCCAUUGUGAGCGUCACGUUACGUUGCUUUUGUUGUUUUGUCGGGUGUGAACUUAGUGAAUAAACAUGUAUGCAUUCCACGCUGCACCUUGGUCCAAUCCUGUACUCGACGAACGUGACACAGAGUGAAAAGGAAGCAAGCCUGUACAGAAUAAAAACAUUCAAAAACUGCAAAAAAAUGUGGCUAAGAAAUUAACUUUAUGUCCUGAAUACAAAGUGUUAUGUUUGGGGUAAAUCCAACACAACACAUCACUGAGUACCACUCUUCAUAUUUCCAAGCAUGGUGGUGGCUGCAUCAUGUUAUGGGUAUACUUGUCAUCGGCAAGGACUGGGGAGUUUUUUAGGAUAAAAAGAAACGGAAUAGAGCUAAGCACAGGCAAAAACAGGAGAUGGACUCCUGCUCCAAUGAGCCGUUUCCGGCUCACGCAAGCCAAGGCUUACCGCAUUACAAUGCAUUAUGACACGUACAUUCCUGACGAAGAUGUAACAUGUGUUCUGUUGUGUUUUGUUCUCUUCCUCAGGCGACAGCAGAGGCCAACAACCUGGCAGCAGUGGCAGCAGCCAGGGACCUGUACAACAAGAAGAUGGAGCAGGUAUGAAGGCACAGCUUAUUCUGUUUCUCACUUACCUCCAAUUAAUAAUAAUAAUAUGCCAUUUAGCAGACGCUUUUAUCCAAAGCGACUUACAGUCAUGCGUGCAUACAUUUUUGUGUAUGGGUGGUCCCGGGGAUCGAACCCACUACCUUGGCGUUACAAGCGCCGUGCUCUACCAGCUGAGCUACAGAGGACCACAAUUCUAAUGCUGCUGCCUUCCUGAGACCUCCUGAGACCUACUGUUGUCCCUCCCGGAUCCAGAAAUGCUUUUGCUCCCCCCCCCCCCCCCCGGCCAAUAGUCGUUCUCCUGAAGAGUGAAUCCUCUUUUUCCAGGCGUUUUCAAACCUUUCAUGGAACGGAAACCCCAGGCCGUUCCAUGUAUUGGAUCUACUCCGGAGCCAGCACACCUGAUUCAACUGGUCAACUAAUCAUCAACCCCUUGACUAGGUUAACCAGGUCAGCUAGUCAUCAACCCCUUGACUAGGUUAAACCCCUUGACUAGGUUAACCAGGUCAGCUAGUCAUCAACCCCUUGACUAGGUUAACCAGGUCAGCUAGUCAUCAACCCCUUGACUAGGUUAACCAGGUCAGCUAGUUAUCAACCCCUUGACUAGGUUAACCAGGUCAGCUAGUCAUCAACCCCUUGACUAGGUUAACCAGGUCAGCUAGUUAUCAACCCCUUGACUAGGUUAACCAGGUCAGCUAGUCAUCAACCCCUUGACUAGGUUAACCAGGUCAGCUAGUCAUCAACCCCUUGACUAGGUUAAACCCCUUGACUAGGUUAAACCCCUUGACUAGGUUAAACCCCUUGACUAGGUUAAACCCCUUGACUAGGUUAAACCACUUGACUAGGUUAAACCCCUUGACUAGGUUAAACCCCUUGACUAGGUUAAACCACUUGACUAGGUUAAACCCCUUGACUAGGUUAAACCCCUUGACUAGGUUAAACCCCUUGACUAGGUUAACCCCCUUGACGAGGUUAACCAGGUCAGCUAGUUCAGGGCUACAACAAUAUUGUGAAACGUCCGGGGGUCCCCGAGGAGAGGUUUAAGAACCACUGCUCUAUUUUUACACUAUGGUGAAGGUAUCUAAUCCCCCCCCCCCUCUCCAGGUGUGUGAAGGUAUCUAAUCCCCCCCCCCCUCUCCAGGUGUGUGAAGGUAUCUAAUCCCCCCCCUCUCCAGGUGUGUGAAGGUAUCUAAUCCCCCCCCCCUCUCCAGGUGUGUGAAGGUAUCUAAUCCCCCCCCCUCUCCAGGUGUGUGAAGGUAUCUAAUCCCCCCCCCCCUCUCCAGGUGUGUGAAGUUAUCUAAUCCCCCCCCCUCUCCAGGUGUGUGAAGGUAUCUAAUCCCCCCCCCCUCUCCAGGUGUGUGAAGGUAUCUAAUCCCCCCCCCCCCUCUCCAGGUGUGUGAAGGUAUCUAAUCCCCCCCCUCUCCAGGUGUGUGGUGGUGACCGGCCCUUCCUGGCCCCAGCAGAGCUCCAGGCCAGACAAAGUGACAUCAGAGAGGAAGCCCUCCAGGUGUUCCGGGGGGUCAAGAAGAUGGGAGGGGAGGAGUUCAGCCGACGCUACCUGCUACAACUAGAGGGAGAAGUAUGUCACCCCGGUCUCCCGCUUGGGAAACCAACAUCUUUCUUAACCAUUAGCCCAAUAGGAAAUUCCCUCUUGGGUCGAGGGUCAGGUGACACUGAUUUGAAGUCGCAAAGACGCAGGGCUACCGCAUCACGUGAGUGUACGUCUGACUCACCUCUGCUUCAUUCACCAUUUCAAACAAUCAACCUGAAUACAUAAACAUUGAGGGGCAGUUUCCCGGACACAGAUUAAGCCUAAUCCUGGACUAAGGAUUAGGCUUAAUCUGUGCCCUGAACCCGCCCGAUAAAUACAUAUUUGGCAAGUGGCAAAACCCAGCUAGCACAUAACGUUCUGAGAACCAUAUCUUUCUUUGAGUUUGGUGAGAGCCUGGUUGUCCUAUGGAUAUUUUGCCUACAACCUUCCCACAAGUUUCUGGGAAUGGUGCAGAAUGAAGAAUUUGUAUGAGUUUAAAAAAAACAUUGCAAGCUAGCUCCAUCCUGGUGGUGCAGAGGACUCAUGGAUAGAGAACAGAUGAUCAUAGGUUUGAAUCUCACUGACGCCGCGCCACAAUAAAAAAUAAAUGUGUUUUAAUGUUUUAUCUGUGCUUGGAGUUUAAAUCAGUUAACCUACGCUAGCAGUGUUAGUUAAAUAAUGUUCUGAGAACUUUUAAUAUCUUCAAAUAACCUUUCAUUUCCAUUCUCAGAACAUUAAUACAACCUCCCAGGAAAACUUUCAGGGAACCAUAGUAAAACGUUCUCAGAACCUCUCUGCAACCUAAAAAUGUACGUUCACAGAACAGGCUAAAUUUUCACUACCGUUCUCAGGAUGUUUAAAAAAUAUUCAGUUUUACCGGUCAGGAAACGUAUGGCUUCGUUCCCGGAACCAAUUGGAAACCAAAAAAACGUAUGUUCCCAGAACUUCCAAGGAACCAAAUGUGCUAGUUGGGAAGUGGAACCAAUCACCUAAGGUUGCUUUCCCAAAAUUCCCAGGUUUUCCAGAAAUCCUGCAUAUUCCCUGGAAAUUUACUAGAAUUUUGCAACCCUAAAUAAACAUAACCAACCCUGUUCUAGGUGGACGAGGUGUUCGUCCAGUACAUCAAGCACAACGACUCCAAGAACAUCUUCCACGCCGCCCGCACCCCGGCCACGCUGUUCGUGGUCAUCUUCAUCAUGUACGUGGUGGCGGGCAUCACGGGCUUCGUGGGGGUGGACAUCAUCGCCAGCGUGUGUAAUAUGAUUCUGGGCCUGGCGCUGAUCACCCUGUGUACCUGGGCUUACAUCCGCUACUCUGGGGAGUACCGAGAGCUGGGCCAGGUCAUCGACCAGGUGGCUGGAGCCCUCUGGGACCAGGUAAGUCCCCAGAACCUACUUUAUAUAUGGCCAGGAUGAGUAGCGUGAAUUUGCGCCUAGACGCUGACCUUGGGUCAGUUUAGAAUCCCCCCCUAAUGGUUAAAGUUACGUUUGGGGGAAAGAAAGCUGAUCCAAGAUCUGUACCAAGGGGAAAGUUCAGUGUGUCACAGUGGAUAAGGUGGCCAUUUUAGGACAUUGUCAACUCACUUCACCUCCUAUUGAGUCGACCCAGAAUGUUAUUUCUGACCAUGUACUCUACAACGUUAUCUCAUGGAUGUAGCACCUUAACCCAAUGAGUCCCACUAUAACGCCGGUGCAUUUUGGAUUUCUAACCACUUUUAAACAUGAUGUGUUUGGGUUGUACCAUUUGGAUUCGUAUAUAUAUUUCUUCUGCAUCCGUAGAUACCAACCAUUAGUCUGUGUGAUUUAAUGGCGGCUGAGCUAGAGCGGUUUUGUGAGACAAGGGCAGGACGCCCGAAAGGGCUCGAGGGGGCCUGGUCUUUUUGCAGAAACAUCUGAAUGGUUUGAGCUACAAAUGAUUAUAAGCUUUCUAUGACACUCACAGGCUACACAAGAGUCGUUAGAAGGUAAAGGGUUCUUCUACAUAGAAGAUCAUAGCAAAUCCCAGGACAUAGUGUCUAUAAUACUGUAAAGGGUUCUUCUACAUAGAAGAUCCUAGGAAAUCCCAGGACAUAGUGUCUAUAAUACUGUAAGGGGUUCUUCUACAUAGUAGAUCAUAGGAAAUCCCAGGACAUAGUGUCUAUAAUACUGAGUCGUUAGAAGGUAAAGGCUUCUUCUACAUAGAAGUCCUAGUGUCUAUAAUACUGUAAUAAGCUCACAUAGUUGCUGUCACAAACUCCCCACAGUGGUCACUGACUAGUUGGACAUUCACUUCCCAGUGAGCAAACAAUUUCUGUACUUACAGCAUUCAUAUAAAUUCAUUUUUAUCAGGUUUUUGCUUUGGCGGACCUUAUUUUAUUUUAUUGACUCAUGAAUGCAACUCUUUUUAUGUGAAAUUGUUCUACUUGUAGCCCUGUUCGUCCUGGAAAGAAAAUGGUAAAACACUUAAUUGUGAGGCUAAAUAAAAGGGCUGGACUUGCAGAUAAAUGAAAGUCAGAUAAAUGAAAAGCUGAUUUUCUGCUGGGGUCUCGGGACAGAUAGGGUUAAAGGACUCCUAGACCACAGGGAAACCUUUCCCUGAGACAUGGCCGUAGACUCCAAAGAGGUGCCCAGCCAUGUCUCAGGGCAAAGGAAUACCCCAGUUUUACCUAGACCAGGGGUCUCCAACGGGUAGAUAGCUACCAGUAGCUGGCAGACUACCUAUGAGUAGCUCGCCAAACAAUUCUGAAAGGACAUCACGUGUUCCGCCGCAAACUGUCAAAACAAAUCUCACAAGUAUCGGACACUGCAAGCUCCCAGCUACCAUCUAAUCAACGCAACUGUUAUAGUGUGGACACUAUAUAAAUAAUUACAUUGAAUAUGGAUUGUACAUACCUGCAGUAUAGUAUGAUUAAUAUUCAUGUGUGCAUGGUUAUUAUUGGCAUUGGCAUUGACCGUGACCUUUUCCCUUUGAUGAUGUCAUCACCCAGAGUCGGAUCUGUACAAUGCGACUCUACCACAUGUUGCGUGGGCUGUAUCGUUUUACUGUACCGUUUGUACAUGGCUGUACACCUUUUUAUUUCUUAAGUUGAAAGUAAAGGAAAGUAAUAUUGAAAUGCGUGUGGGCAUUCCUUGUCAAGUUACUACAGCAACAUUGACAUUUUCCCACCCCUGGUUAGCCACUAUUGGCUUAAAAAAGCCAAACCUAACACAAUAUCUGCCAAUUAAUUUCCAGCAAUAUUGCCCCUCUCUGUCUGUGUGGUGCAGGCGUUUGUCUAUCUCUCAGUGUGUAGCCGUCUUGUGGGUUGACAGAAAUACUUCCCCCAACACCUUCUCAAUUAAAUGUUGACUGCAAAGUAGGUUUACCUGGCAGAAGUAUCUAUUAUAUUUUUAUUUGCAAACUUUUCCAUGGAAUGAGCAGCAGCAGUACAGAACCAUCACUAGACCGGCACAUUCCUCACUCACUAGCUGUGCAAUUAAAGGGUCAGAUGCGCUAUUAAAGGGCCAGAUGCGCAAUUAAAGGGCCAGAUACGCAAUUAAAGGGCCAGAUGCACAAUUAAAGGGCCAGAUACGCAAUUAAAGGGCCAGAUGCACAAUUAAAGGGCCAGAUGCACAAUUAAAGGGCCAGAUGCGCAAUUAAAGGGCCAGAUGCACAAUUAAAGGGCCAGAUGCACAAUUAAAGGGCCAGAUGCACAAUUAAAGGGCCAGAUGCACAAUUAAUGGGCCAGAUACGCAAUUAAUGGGCCAGAUACGCAAUUAAAGGGCCAGAUGCACAAUUAAAGGGGAAUUACACAGAACAUCCCAUUUUGUUGUUUCCCUAUGUAAUUUUGAGAAUGGAAAACAAAAACAUCUAAAGUCAGGAAAAAUUAAACGGAGAGAAAACAAUUUGGGAAAAUAUAAAACAUAAUUUGUGGAAAGGAUCACCCCCCCCCCCCCAGAGUUGUUUAUGAACCAUUAUUUGACCAGGUCUAUUGACAGAACACAUAGUGCACCACUUUCUCUCGUACACUAAGGACCCGGGGAAGAGUUGCAGGGGAGAGGAGAAGAAUGGGCCUAUUUGAAAGCUAGAAAAAAAAUGAGUAGCUCGCGACGUUACAUCUUUUUCAAAGUAGCUCUCAUGCUAGAAAAGACCCCUGACCAAGAGUAUAAAGACUUUAUAGAGCAUCCAAACCACUAGGUGGCGACAUACACACAUAUGACUGUGUCGAACAAUACAACGUCUGGAAAUGAUCACAAUGUAUAGCUUUUAGAGUUUGAGCUGAAGGAAACAAAUAUUUAUAACAUGUUCAUAUUUAUAUUACAUUUGAUAUUUGUAUUAUUUGUCUAAGACUGUGUCUUUUUGUUUCGCUCCAUGUUUUGCAACAGGGAAGCACAAAUGAGGUAAGUGCACUGGGGGAGGAGUUGUCAGUAAGUCAGUAUAAGCCUACUGUAUGUUUUCCUGUCUAUCUUGAGCAUUCCAAUAAUGGUUAAAGUCCCAAAUGCACCCUCUCUCUCUCCUGUUGUUCAGGCUCUGUAUAGGUCUAAAUUUGACCUAGGAUGUACCCUUUCUGUAUCUCGCCAUAUUGCACAUUUGAAACCAAUGAACUUUAGCAUUCUGACAAUGGUUAAUUUGUAGAAUUCCCCCCUCUUCUUUAGCCAGAUAGUGACGACCCCUCUUCCUCUCUCAUCCGCUCUCCCGAAUCAAAGAGCGACGGCAGCACAUAAGACGUAUAUAGAACAAAUGAGCUACGGUCCGCUCCUAUGCCUCGUGCUGUAGACGCUUCCUGUGACCUCUCCUCCCUAUCCUCUCUCUCCUCUCCUCUCCCUCGAAUAUCUUCUCUACUCUUCUCCUCUCUUCUCAUUACUCCUGUAUUCUCUUCUUUCUCUUCUCUUCUUCCUCUGUAUUCUCUCUCUUUCUCUUCUCUCUCUCUUCUCUUCUCCUCUCUAUUCUCCUUUCACAGGCUUCUUAUAUUAAGCUGUAUAACCGCUGCAGGCCAGUCACAUGGCACCUUGUAUCCACCAUUGCGUUCCCAUGGCCCCAGGCUCCCGUAGAGGGGAGCGAGACCCCUGAGGAACCCACCAGGAAGAGGAACUGACCUGGCGACCUGAUUGGCCAGAGCACAGCAGGGACUGCUGGGUACCUCUUAACUGACAUGAUGGAUAGAGGGG